AUGGGCUUCUUCGACCGCAGAAAGGUCCGCAAGACCGUCCCCGCACCGGCACCGGCCCCGGUCCCGGCGACCCAACCCGGACCGCCGCCAUCGCGAUACGCGACCUCAACCACGCAGACGCCGCAGUACUGGCGCCCUCAACCACCUCCACCACCACCACCGCCAUACCAAUACCCCCCUCGUCAACCCGUCGUCGUGAACCAGCACUACUACAUCGCCCCUCCCCAGCAGCACCAGCAACUCGCCCUCCCAGCCCCGCCGGACUCCACGUCCAAGUUCACGGACUCCAUGGCAACGAUGGCCAAGGACCUGAGCUCGCCGCAAUUCUUCGACGAGCCGAAUUUCCACCCGCACGCCACGCAGCUCAUCAACUCCACCGCGGCGUGCGUCGACCAGAUCGCGGGCUGCUUCAACGACGUCAUGACCAUGAUCGACGGCGGGCGGGUCGCGGGGAACGAGAGGGCUCUGUUCACGUACGAGCAGCCGCGGCCGGCGGCGGACGAGGAGCGCAGACGGGGCGGUGGUGAGCGGAGGACGAAGAAGAAGAGCAGGGAGCCGCAGCAGCAGAGCAGUAAAGGACAGGCCGUCGGCGCCUCGGUCGUGUCCGGGAGUUACUUCUCAAAGGUGGAGAUGUACGCCAACUCGCGGCUUCCGAUGAACCUCCCUCCCCUACGACUAUACAUGCCGACCUGGCCCCUCCUCUGCAUGGCCGCCCAAUACGCCGAACGCGUCUACGAGACCCCCAAAGGCGCCGAGCGCGACCACGUCACCCGCGCGGACUGGAAAUCCGGCACGAAAGCCAUGGUCAUCAAGUCCGUCCCCAUGGACCACAUGAACACCAUCGUCUUCGCCAUCCGCGGCUCCGCGACCUUCAUGGACUGGGCCGUCAACCUCAACUCCGCGCCCGCGUCCCCCGCCGGCUUCCUCGACGACCCGGGCAACCUCUGCCACGCGGGCUUUCUCGCCGUCGCGCGGAAGAUGAUCAAGCCCGUCGCGGCGCGGCUGCGCGGGCUGCUGGAGGAGGACCCCGCGCGGAGCGGGUACAGCCUGCUGAUCACGGGGCACAGCGCGGGCGGCGCCGUGGCGAGUCUGUUGUACUCGCACAUGCUGGCGGGCACGGAGCGGGCGCGGAGCGAGUUGAAUUUGUUGACGGGGUGUUUUAAGCGGGUGCACUGCGUGACGUUCGGGACGCCGCCGGUGAGUCUGUUGCCGUUGGCGAGGCCGGAGAGGGCGGAGUUGAGGAAGAGUUUGUUCUUGACGUUUGUGAAUGAGGGGGAUCCGAUUGCGAGGGCGGAUAUGGCGUAUGUGAAGUCGUUGUUGGAGUUGUAUGCGUCGCCGGCGCCCAGUUUGCGGAGGGAGGAGGGGGAUUGUGAUGAGAGGAAGGCGGGGAGCAAGGGGAUUAUGGCGAAGGCGAGCAAGAUCUCGCUGAGGGGGGAUAAGGAGAGUAAAGCUGUUGUGAAGAGGGAGAGGAGGGAGAGGAGGCCUGUGUGGAAGUUGCCCGCGGGCACGCUGAGUUCGCCGGGGCGGAUCGUGGUGUUGCGGAGCGGGGAUAAGGGGGCGAGGGUGAAGGACCGGAAGACGGUGGAGGAGAGGCUGAAUGAGGGUGUUCUGGCGCAGACUGUUACUGAUGAAGAGCUGAGGGGGGUGGUUUGGGGGGAUCCGGUCUGUCAUGUUAUGAAGCUUUAUUCCGGGAGGAUUGAGAUUUUGGCGGUUGGGGCUGUGACGGGGAAGCAUGGCUGA